AUGCAGACAAGAUCACAUAAGGAAUCAGAACUAUUGGACUUAAAACCAGACCAUUACGAUAAUGGUAUCCCUGUAUUCAAGCCCACGAUGGAACAGUUCAAGGACUUUUACAGAUUUAACAAAUCUAUAAAUAAAUACGGCUUUGAUGCGGGAAUUGUUCGUGUUAUUCCCCCACAAGAGUGGAAAGAAUCAAUCUCAAAUUGUUACUCUGAGGAAAAUAUGUCCAAAGUGGUUAUCAAAAACCCAAUCGUCCAACAGAUAAACAGUAAUAAUCAUGGCGUUUUCCAGAUACAAAAUAUCGAGAGAGCAAGAAAGUAUACCCUAGAGCAGUGGAAAGAACUUUCAAAGAAACAGGAACCUCCAAGAAGACGUAAAAGACUGCAUGAUGAAAAGGAUGAAAAUACUAGCAGCAAAAUGAAUACCGCCGAGUUUAGUGAUGAUCGUUGCGAGGAGUUGGAGCGUUCGUAUUGGAAAUCUUUAACUUAUUCUGAGCCUAUAUAUGGAGCUGAUUCAGAAGGAUCAUUGUUUACAGAUGAUAUCAAUGUGUGGAAUGUGGCGAACUUGCCAAAUGUUUUGGAUUUGAUGGAGGAGCGGAUCCCUGGCGUUAAUAAUGCAUACUUGUACGCUGGUGUGUGGAAAGCCACGUUUGCAUGGCAUCUUGAGGACCAAGAUUUAUACCUGAUCAACUAUAUCCAUUUCGGAGCUCCUAAACAAUGGUAUCUGAUACCACAGGCACAACAUGAAAAGUUUUUCAAUGUUAUGAAGGACUUGUUUACUGAAGAGUACAAACAUUGUUCUCAAUUUCUUCGACAUAAGACCUUCCAUGCCCUGCCUCAGUACUUAGAGAAAAAAGGUAUCACUGUGAAUCAUACCAUUCAUAGAGAGGGUGAGUUCAUUUUAACGUACCCAUAUGGAUAUCAUGCUGGCUUCAAUUACGGUUUCAAUCUAGCUGAAUCUGUCAACUUUGCACUUGAUUCUUGGUUUGAUAUUGCCAAGAAAACCGAUAGUUGUCAUUGUAUCCCAGAUGCUGUCAAUAUCAAUGUUGAUCAGUUGUGGAAAAAGUACAAUUCUGUAAAGAAGAAUUCAGCAGUCUUUGUGUAA